AGUUCAGUUUCGGAUAUCAUCGCGACUAGAAGCGUGCAAAGGUGUUUGGAGUUCUGAAAAAUACAGUGCAACAAUCGCGUUUUUGUUCCGCUUCUGCUGCUACGAACGAAAACAGGCUGUUUAUCAGGCUUGAAACGAAUCCAAUUGAUGGCGGGCCCAUUUUUGUCUCCGAUGCCAGGCGAUCUACUAACGGAAUACAUGUUCGGUAGACGUCGUCAGAGACGAAAUCGCACCACAUUUACACCGCAGCAACUUCAAGAGUUGGAACAAUUGUUCCAAAAAACGCACUACCCGGAUGUGUUUUUGCGCGAAGAAGUCGCCUUACGGAUUAACUUGAGUGAAGCACGAGUUCAGGUUUGGUUCCAAAAUCGUCGAGCGAAAUGGAGGAAACAGGCACGGCUACAAUUAUUGCAAGAUGCGUGGCGAAUGAGGUGUUUGAGUAUGGGGAAUGCACAGCUUAUCAUAGCUUCGGAAUCUCAAACGCCAAACAACAGCACAAGCAACAGCAGCAACAACAAUAAUAACAACAAUAACAACAACGGUGCCAUUAAAACGGUAAUCAACAGCAAUGCUUCUCAGAUUGCAGUGCCCCUGGAAAAUGUUCAAGAAACCUCGUUUAUUCCCCAACCAGCCUUCCAAAAUCGGGAGCGAAGUUCGGAAGCUAAUAGUAGUGCAACGCAUGCAAACCGGCACAAAUCGAACGGUGUCGAGAGUACUAUCGCCAAGGAAUGUGUAGAUAAAAACAGUCUAUCCAGUCAUAAGCCGGAUCAGUUGGCAUUCGAUCAUAAUCAUGUAAUGCACACGGAUAGUAAGAUACAUAAAGGUAGCAACAUUAAGGAGUAUAGAGCAACACGACAACCAUUGCAUUUGGAGAUGAGCCUUUCAAACUCUAGCGACACAUCUAGCAAUUCCGAGGAAAUAGAUCUGACCAGUAACAUAGGUUGUAUAGACUAUUCCAGCUCAAAUACAGGUAAACCUUGAAGUGCGGCCUUUUAAUAUAGUUUUCUAGCAAUCACAUGCCCAAUAGGUGCGACGGCAUCAGGGUUUUGCAAUCACGCCGAGCGUUCACACGGUGAUAUGUGGUGACAAAAGCGAUAUGGUUAUUUACUGCUUCCCUGGUUUCCUCUGUCUUUCAUGGUCUUCGUUUAAACAGAUUGUAUGUGCGCACACAACUAUUCCCUGAAUAUACCUACCCAGAGGUCUUCUACAAACAGAUUUUCAUGCGUAGUUGUUGCCCCCAUGUUUUGGGGACUAAAUUAGUUUCACCCAGGUAGCGGUAUGUUAGCUUCAUCAUAUUAAUAUUUCUGCGUUGAAACAUUAUACGUCAACACAACAUCUUUUCAAUUGAUGAUUGAUGAGGUGGACACCUAUGUAGAAAAAAAUCCUUUUGAUCUGAACGACUCAACUUUGCUUAACAUAGUUGUUGGGCAAUGCAAGGGAAAGUUUAGCCUGUAAAAGGUGAUAAAAUAAAAAUGAUCUUUUUUUUAUUCAUAAGUGACGGCCUGCCCGUAUUGCUAUAAGUAUGAUCUUUGUAAAUGCAAAAAAGAAGGAAAUGAAAUAAAUUAAAUUGCAAUUACUGUA